AUGGCCGAGCCAUUGGGACGGAGCGUUGCACGACCGCGGAUAGAGGAUCUGGAGCGCGCCGAGGUCGACGAUCGCUCGUACCGCAUCAUCACACUGUCGAACCAGCUCGAGGUUUUGCUGAUACACGAUGCCACUACGGACAAGGCUAGCGCGGCCAUGGACGUCAACGUCGGGAGCUUCAGCGAUGCAGAGGACAUGCCAGGUAUAGCGCACGCUGUGGAGCACCUGCUGUUCAUGGGUACAGAGAAGUACCCAGAAGAGAACAACUACAACAAAUACCUGACGUCGUACUCGGGCCACUCAAACGCAUACACCGCAUCCACCUCCACCAACUACUACUUUGAGCUUGCGGCGUCCCAGUCUACGCCGUCGAGCAGCAGUAACGUGACGCCUAGCGCGACACAGGAGCAGCUACCGACAAACAAGGAGCAGUCGCCUCUCUGGGGUGCCCUCGAUCGCUUUGGCCAGUUUUUCAUAUGCCCUCUGUUUCUGGAGGAUACACUGGACCGCGAGAUCAAGGCUGUCGAUUCAGAGAACAAGAAGAAUCUCCAGAGUGACACCUGGAGGUUACACCAGCUGAACAAGAAUCUCUCGAACCCGAAACACCCUUACAACCACUUCUCUACCGGCAGCUGGAAAACGCUACACGAUGAUCCGAUUGCACGAGGUGUACAAAUCCGGGAUGAGUUCAUGAAGUUCCAUGCCACGCACUACUCAGCGAACCGGAUGAAACUUGUGGUCUUGGGUCGAGAAAACCUCGACACUCUGGAAGAAUGGGUCGAAGAGGUCUUUUCUAAGGUGCCCAAUAAAGAUCUUCCGAGAAAGCGCUGGGACGAUGUGUCGGUGUAUACGGACAAAGAGCUGCUUAUCCAAACAUUUGCGAAGCCGGUAUAUGAGUCGAGGUCGCUAGAACUUUCGUUCUUGUAUCGUGAUGAGGAAGAGUACUAUGAGUCGCACCCGUCACGCUAUCUUAGCCAUCUCAUCGGUCACGAAGGUCCCGGCAGUAUUCUAGCUUACAUCAAGGCUAAAGGAUGGGCAAAUGGGUUGGGUGCUGGAGGCUCAUCUCUGUGCCCUGGUAGUGGUAUCUUCAAUAUCAGUGUCAAGCUGACCGAGGAUGGCUUACAGCACUACAAGGAGAUUGUCAAAAUUAUCUUUCAAUAUAUUGCCAUGGUCCGCGAUUUGCCGCCACAAGAAUGGAUUGUCGACGAGCAGAUUAAAAUCAGCGAAGUUGGCUUCCGCUUCAAGCAGAAGAGUCCGCCGAGCAGGACGACUAGUGCACUUGCGUCUGUCAUGCAAAAGCCUUACGACCGCAAAGAGAUUCUGAGCGGACCUUCAGUCAUCAAGAAAUUCGAUGCGCAGCGCAUCAGCGAGGCAAUGGAAUAUUUACGCCCCGACAAUUUCAGAAUGACAAUUGUCAGUCAGGAGUUCCCCGGCGACUGGCCAGAGAAGGAAAAAUGGUACGGCACCGAAUACAAGGCCGAGAAGAUCCCUCAGGAUUUCAUAGACGAAGUCAAGGAAGCGUUUGAGAACAAGACGCGGCCGGAGGAGCUACACUUCCCGCACAAGAACGAAUUCAUUCCCAACCGUCUGGACGUCGACAAGAAGGAGGUUGAGAAGCCUGCGAAACAGCCCAAGCUCAUUCGCAACGACGAUGCUGUGCGGGCGUGGUGGAAGAAAGACGACCAGUUUUGGGUGCCCAAGGCCAAUGUCCAUAUCCACUUGCGCACUCCGAUGACUUAUGUUACACCAAGGACAGCCGUACUGUCUUCGCUGUACGCAAGCUUGGUAGACGAUGCACUUGUCGAGUACUCCUAUGACGCAGACAUUUCUGGCCUGGUGUACGGCUUCAGUACCCACGCGAGUGGCUUGUCUGUGUCCGUAUCUGGCUACAACGAUAAGUUGCACGUCUUGCUUGAAAAGGUUCUUUUGCAGAUUCGGGAUCUUGAAAUUAAAGAGGACCGUUUUAAGAUAGUGAAGGACAAGACAAGCCGUAGCUUCCGCAACUGGCACUUCGGCCAGCCAUUUCACCAGGUCGGCACGUACUCUCGUUGGUUCCGAGUUGAUAGCGCCUUCAUGAACGAUGAGCUAGCCCAGGAGCUGGACAGCAUUACCGCACAGGAAGUGCAACAAUUUUUCCCACAGGUUCUCUCACAAUGCCACAUUGAAAUUCUAUCCCACGGCAAUCUCUACAAGGAAGAUGCACUCCAGCUCACCGACCUAGUCGAGAAGACCAUAAAGCCGAAGAAGCUCCCUCCGAGCCAAUGGCCGAUCGAAAGAAGCCUGAUCCUCCCGGAAGGCAGCAAUUUCAUCUACUCGCGGCCGCUCAAGGACCCCGCCAACGUCAACCACUGCAUCGAGUACACGCUCUACCUGGGUAACCGGAUGGAUGAUGAUCUUCGUGCGAAGCAAUUCCUCCUUGCGCAGAUGCUCGACGAGCCGGCUUUUAACCAGCUGCGCACCAUCGAACAGCUCGGCUAUGUUGUGUUCAGUGGUUCCACUGCUGGCAUUACGUACGCUGGUUUCCGCAUCUUGAUCCAGAGCGAGCGAGACUGUGGUUAUCUCGAGGGCCGAAUCGAUCACUUCCUCACCAAGUUCGAGACCACCUUGAAGGACAUGAGCGACGAGGAGUUUGAGAAGCACAAGAGUGCUGUCAUUUCCAAGCGUUUGGAGACGUUGAAGAACCUUGGGCAAGAAGGCAACAGGUUUUGGAAUCAUAUGUUUAGGAAUACGUAUGAUUUCCUACAAUCCGAAACCGAUGCCGCUCAAGUCUCUACCCUCACCAAAGACGACAUGAUGACCUUCUAUGGGCACCAUAUCUCGCCAUCGUCUCCACACCGCGCCAAACUUUCCGUACAUUUGACUGCCCAGGCCAAGCCAAAGGAGCCCACCCUAGACGAGAAGAAGACGCAAGCUCUCGCAGUUUUGCAAACGAUUGCCGGCGAGGAAAAGACACCAAUCGACACCGACAAGCUGCAAGCGCGCUUGAAUGAUGUCAACGAGUCAGCGAAACUCCCUGCCGCCAUAUCUGCGCAUCUUGCAGAGGAUCUAAAGUUGGGUCAGGAGGAAGUCGCUAGAAUUGUUGAUGAGGCAGCUGCAGCGUUGGGCCUUGCAGAGAGCGGCGUAGGCGAAGUAAAGCUAGCUGAGAAGAUGGACAUUCAGGAGACAGAUGCGAAGCAGCCGGUUGUCAUAACUGACGUCCGCGCUUUCAAAGCUGGUCUGUUCGCAAGCACGGGCGCAAAGCCUGUGCGCAAUCUCGAAGAAUAUAUGGAAGAUGCGGCGAAGCUAUGA